AUGGCUUCCUUUCAGACAGCGUAUACCUCUGCUGACCCCUGCUACAACUACACUGUGCUGGACAAUCCAUGGAGAUCCACUAAUUAUGGUUUAGACAGUAAUUGUGAUCAGUAUGUCACCUGGAGUGGCUGGUAUCGUCUCUUCAUUAACAAUGUGAGCGCUCAGAUCCCAGACACGUGUGUUGCUCAUGGUCACUGUGGCACUGAAUUCUCACUGUGGAUUCGUGGUGGACACCCAACAGUACAGGAUGGAGUUGUCACUCGAGAUGUCUGUGCUAACUAUAGUAGUUACUGCUGCUUUUUCGGGUCUUACCCCAUUAAAGUCAAAGCCUGUCCAGACAAUUAUUAUGUCUAUGAGCUGGUUAGUCCAACUCAGUGCGAUUCAGCAUACUGUGCAGUUGUUCGCAGCAUUAACACCAGCUCUACAGCCGUCACACCAGCGACCAUCUCAACUGUGUAUCCUUCUGUUGACCCCUGCUACAACUACACUGUGCUGGACAAUCCAUGGAGAUCCACCAAUAAUUCACGUGAAUUAGUCAAAAAGUGUGAUCAGUCAGUCACCUGGAGCGGCUGGUAUCGUCUCUUCAUUAACAAUGUGAGCGCUCAGAUCCCAGACACGUGUGUUGCAUAUAGUAGCUGUGGCACUACUGUCCCACUGUGGAUUCGUGGUGGACACCCAACAGUACAGGAUGGAGUCGUCACUCGAGAUGUCUGCGGUUACUAUGACAGUUACUGCUGCUAUUACGGGUCUUUUCCCAUUAAAGUCAAAGCCUGUCCAGACAAUUAUUAUGUCUAUGAGCUGAAUCAGACCUCUGGAGAAUGUUUUCAAAAUCUUCUUGAGCAGAUCGAGAACAUUACAGCUCAAGUGCUUCCUUGGAAUACUGUGACAGACAUUUUGACUGUGGCCUUCAACGCCUUGGAGAAGAUUUUAGAGUCAUUAUCAUCAGCCAAACCAUCUGAACUAGCCUCCUAUGGAAACCACAUGUUAAAAACCAGUGAAAAACUUAUCUCUACAUUGGUGAAGCCGACAGUCACAAAUGACAGUGUCAGUUUUACUCUUGCUGCUGUUGAGGGUCAAGUCUUCAUGGUUGGACCAAAUGUCACCUUAAAUAAAAUCCCACAACUUGACACGACAAAUUCUUCUGUGGACAUCGAUCUCAUUGGGAUCGCCAAGAACAACAAUGAAAGAUCAGCUGCUGUGGCUUUCAUGAGCUACAGCACGAUGGAGAAUCUACUGAAGCCAGACUUCUUCAAAACAUCAAAUGACACUGUAAAAACCAUGAUGUCCACUGUGAUCUCAGCUACUCUUCCCAAAACCAACAACACUAAACUCACCAAACCAGUCAACUUCACCUUCAGACACAUCAGAGAGUUUGAUCCCAAUGGUUCUCUGUCCUGUGUUUACUGGAAUAUCAGCGAGUGGAUUGUAGAUGGUUGUUCUGUUUUAAAGACCAACAGCAGCUACACUGUGUGUUCCUGUGUUCACCUGUCGACUUUCGGUCUCAUUAUGCAAACCAGCCGCCCACCAGAGAGCGACUCUGUUGGACCUGUUGAACUGGAACUGCUGAAUCUGUUGAAUUUGGUAUGUGUGAUCGUGGGGCUGGUGUUCUUCAGUUUGGCCCUGUUGACCUUUGCCCUUUGUCAGUGGAGUCCUGGAGUGAAUAAUGUGGCUCGAAUCAACAUCUGCAUCAGUCUUCUAUUGGCUCAUCUUCUGUUUCUGCUCACACAGCAGUUCCUGACCGUCAUACGGCCUAAGCAGGUGUUGUGUGCCGUGAUCUCAGGCCUUCUGCACUUCUUCUUUCUCUCUGGCUUUGUGUGGAUGUUCAUUGAAGCUGUGAUUCUCUUCAUCUGUGUGAAGAACCUAUCACAGAUCAGCUCCAAAAAGAGGGAGGUGCUUAGCAGUGGAAUCCUGUGUGUGAUUGGAUAUCUGAUUGCUCUGGUUGUGGUGUGUGUCUCUGUUGGUCUGGUUCCCAACGGCUACGGUAGCGAACGCUGCUGGAUUAAAAUCGAUAAAGGCUUCAUCUGGAGUUUUCUGGGUCCUGUUUGCGUCAUACUAGCAUCAAACACACUUCUCUUCAUUAAGAUUGUCAUCAGUCUGAACUCAACUCUCAAAAGUCUCAAUGCUGAAGUUUCACAGAUGAGACAAACCAAGAUUAUGGUGUUUAAAACACUGGCUCAGUUUGUGGUUCUUGGUUGCCCCUGGAUUCUGGGUUUCUUCACUAAUGGCAGGAAGGAGCUGGAGAUCCUCUUCCUGAUCUUGAACUCCCAGCAGGGAACUUUCAUCUUCCUGAUCUAUUGUGUCCUCAAUAAUGAGGUUUGGCAGCAGUAUAAGAAGUUCUUCAGAUGUCUUUGCUGCAUCAAACAACACUGAUGACUACAACAUCACAUUCAGAAAGUAAUAAAUACUGUUCAAGUGCCAUUCAUAUACAGACUAUUUUAUAAAACAG